AGUCAUUCUCAGCGGUGAUUCAGUCAAACAAAUCUACUUUCAGUUCCACUUUAGCGCACCAUUACACCUGCCAUUGAACAACAGGAAGUGAAGUGAAACUUGAAGCUCAUCUUCAUACGAGAAACAGAGAGAGAGAGAGAGAAUCCGUUCCACUCACAGUCACGAUGCAGAGAAACAGCAUGCAAACACCUUCCACAAAUCUAAAGAUUGUUCUGGUUGGUAAAACUGGAUCAGGCAAAAGUUCAGCAGGAAACACCAUCCUGGGUCCACAGUAUCCUAAGUAUUUUAAUACAGAUGCUUCACCAGAGUCUGUUACUAAAACCUGUGAGAGACGAGAUGUAAAGAUUGGUGACCGGAACAUCUCAGUCAUCGACACUCCAGGACAGUUUGAUACAUCAAUGUCAGAACAAGAAAUGAAGACUGAGAUUGAGAAGUGUGUAGAGUUGUCUGUUCCUGGUCCGCAUGCAUUUCUGCUGGUCAUCGAAGUGAGGAGAUUCACAGUAGAAGAGAAGAGUGCAGUGAAAUGGAUCCAGGAGAACUUUGGAGAAGAUGCUGCACGUUACACCAUCAUUCUGUUCACUCACGCUGAUCAGCUGAAGGGAAAACCAUUAGAUGAUUAUAUCAGUGAAAGUAAUGAUCUCAAAGCUUUUGUUAAUAAUUGUGGUGACAGAGUUCAUUCGUUCAACAAUGAAAAUAUUCAGAACCGCUCUCAGGUCACAGAACUGCUGGAGAAGAUUGACAUGAUGGUGGAGAGUAAUGGAGGGGAGCACUACACCAAUGAGAUGUAUAGAGAAGCCCAGAAAAAAGUUGAAUGGGAGGCUUGGAAACAAAACGCUAAAACAGCACUAACAUACAUCGUACCGGGAGCAGUAGGAGCAGCAGGAGCAGCAGGAGUAGCAGCAGUGGGAGGACCAGCAGGAGCAGUAGCACUAGCAGGACGAGCAGCAACAGCAGUAGGAGGAGUAAUAAUAGGAGCAGUAAAAUCAGGCUUGAAAUUCUAGGACACUAUUCCUCUAAUUAAAUAACAAAGAAAGAAAGAAAGAAAGAAAAAGAAAGAGAAAGAAAGGGAAUAUUCUGCCACUAAAUGUGGGGAGUACAUUAUGUUUUUAUGCUACCUGAAUUUGAGUCCUGGCUUGUUGUCCUUUGCCGAUUCUGUCAUUUUCUCUCCUGCUUCACUUCCUGUCAAAUUUCUCAGACUUCAUCUUCAUAGCUGCAUUAUUAGUUUUCUAAGAGUAGGAGACUUUUAUAAAAAAGCUAAAAGCAACUUUUAGUAAAGUAUAAGACUGAUUUGUGAACUAAGGACUACAAUGAUGUCAACUCAAAAUGGCCGCCCUUAACCUCUGAAUCAGCCAAUAGUGAGCCUGCAAUGGUGAAGUCACUGCAUCACAACACCAAUCAUUUAAUGUUAUUAUAAAAAAGAAUAAUUUAAAAAGACACUGAAACAUUUUAAUAUUUAAAUGUAUUUGUAAAAAAUAGCUUUGCAAAAUGAUCACAAAUUAGUAUUGAUGGUGUGGAAUCUUUUUCCUCAUUUACAGUUAGAGCAAUGAUGUGUCAUGAGUUCAUCAAUAGCUCCAACAACUCCAGGGAAGCCCACAGUCAACAUAAAAGUGUCUUGCUUUUGCUGCAUGGUUUUAUUGUCAGUUGGAAAGUCAAUGAACUGCCAUAGAGUAGAGGUCAAAUGUGAUGUCCAGCAACCAAACUGACAUCUUCAACCUUAAUUCAAAUAUUUAAAAAAAAAUGGUUUAUGAGAUGUAAGCAUACCGUGUAGCUGUGCUUGGAGUCAUUUGUUUCAUGUGUGAUAAUGAAAUGAAAUUUCAGAUUAUUUCAAUUAUUUUUGGCCAGGCUGUCAUGCAAAGAAAUUAUGAACAUGCAAAAACAAGAGAGAACCAAUUAAAUAUAAAAAACUGAUUACUGUCUUGUAUCCUGCGCCUGCUGUUUCCUUCUACUCCCCACCAGAAGUCACCGGUUCACCAUUGUGACCUUUUCAUGGCACACACAGUCACACAUCACUCUGGAUUACAUUUCCCACAAUUCCCCAUCUAGGAACCAAUCACACACACACCUGUUUCCCAUCAGUGACACUUUAUAAGCUGCACUCAAACACACACACAUUGCUGAGUAUUGUUUAGCCCUGUAUUGCGCCUUAUGUUCGACCUUGUUUCCAUGUUUCUUGCCCUGUCUGUAUUUUUGACUUUGGACUGUUUCCCGGAUUAUGAUCGUUUACUCUUUGCCUUGUCUCUCCUGAUCCUGUUUGCUGGUGUUUGACUACGCUCUUUUAAAGACCCCCUGUGGUGAAAAUCAAGUUUUGUUGUUUAUAUGUCUAUGUAGUGUUUUUAAUAUGCUUUAAGACAAACCAUGUGCAAAUUCAUAAGUUAGCACCAUUGCUCAGUAUUUUAUGUUUGAAACUUCAGUAAACCAAAUACCUGCGGUUUGAAAUCGUUGGUGUUUGUGAUGUCACAGACUACCUUGUAACCAAUCCAGCCUGAUCUCACAAUCAAAACGUACAUAUUUAGACGUAAAUUAAAACUGUCCAAUACGUAUGUGCCUUUACGUAUUUACAUUGUCUUUUACGUAUUAUCUGGACGUAAUUACAGGUUCGAUACGUAUCUAAAUUUACGUUAAAACAACCUCAAAUACGUACAAAUAUAACGUGUUCUCUGACCAGUCAGUUAUCCAUAGAAAUUUGCUCAUGAAGCUGCUUUUCAAUGCUAAAUCUAAAUUUCUAAAUUUCUUCUAAAAUUAAUCUGCUUAAUUUAUGUUAAAUACUUAUUUUGUUAUGAAGCCUUAUGAAAUAUUAACGAUAAACGUUGCGAUUCCGUUGCUAUGAUUUAAAAUAAACAAUAAUCUGACGAAACCAGAAAAGACCGCGUGCCCGACCGGAUUGAUUUCAGGGCUGCAACACAAUCAGAAUCGCUUCGUGGUUGACGUCUUGUUCUUCCUUGUGAGUUUUUAAUUUGAAUUUAAUUUGUUAAUGUAUGUUUGUGAUCUGUUUUAUGAAAUAUAUUCUUAAGUACUCA